UACUCACUUUUGAGAUACUUUAGACAUUAUAAUACAUCAUGUAAUGUCAUUGAAUAUGACAAACCACUACAAUUUUUUGACCAUAGAUUCCACAACCUUUAUUUUAAUAUACCAUAUUCUUUUAUAAUUUUAGGGAGUCAAACUGAAAUGGUAGAGGGGUACGUGCACUGAACUUUGUUAUACGGAUGAUGCAUGAUUUGAGCAUAUUUUAUCAUCAUUGAUGUGGGAAGGCACAAUUGUUUCCGUUGAUAACGGCAUUUUCAUUUCAUUCCCUCCAAAAAAGUCUUAGAUCAUAGCAGUUUCUUACAAUUUUUCUUCCAAUACUACAACUUUUUUGACUUUUUGAUCUGUUUUUCUAGUACAUUUUCUUGAUUCUGUACUCAUUUUCAUCCCCUAAAUUUCUUCUCACUUUUACUUCCCACUAAUUUUUGGUGCUUUAAAAUCAUAAUGGUGCUAGGAAAAAAGAAGAAAAAAGGAAUUUCUUUACAAGUAGACUACAUUGUUAGCAUUUUAGAAAUCAAACCUUGGCCACCUUCAGUAGCAUUAUGUUCAGUACAAACAGUACUAAUCCAAUGGGAAAAUGGUGAUCAAAAUUCCGGGUUUUUACCUCCAGGAGUUCCUUCUCUUAAUGGUUUCGACGAUGGAAAAAUCGAGUUCAACGAGUUCUUUAAACUUCCUGUCACAUUAACAGGGAAACACAACCAAAGUUUUCAGAAGAAUAGCUUAGAGUUUCAUUUGUAUGAGCCAAAAAAAGAUAAAGCAGUUAAAGGUCAACUUUUGGGAACUGCUGUAAUUAAUCUUGCAGAAUAUGGGAUUAUCAGAGAUGUCCAGACUAUAAUUACUCCAAUUAUUAUUACUAAAAAGGUUUCUAAAGGUACUAGUAGUCAGCCCCUUCUUUAUGUUCAAAUCCAACCUUUUGAUAACGAAGGGAUUGAAUCUGUUUUAAGAAUGAUGAGUGAGCAAUGUGAUGAUGAUUCUGAGUUCACUUCUUUGACUGAUGAUGAUGAGGGUACCUCGAUUUCUUCGAGGUCUAUGAGUUUUCAGGCUGGGAGUUCGUCGUUUCAGGUCGAUGAAAUGCUUAACUUUGUCAAUGUGGGUCUAAACUCGGACCUAGUGGGUGCUCCAGAGGUAAAGGAAACCGAAAAUGAUGGCAGAAGAUCGAUAGAGAACAAAGAACAUGUGCAAAGUGGGGAGGAUGAUUGGGGAUCAGGCAGAAAAAGCUCAGAGAGCAGUAAUGUGUUUGGCAAAUUCUCAGAAGUUGCAAAAACCAGAAAACAGACCUCUAGAAGCAUCAGUACUCUAAAAUUUGGCAAAAAAGGGCUUGAUUUACAUGGUCUUGGUGAUAAGUUAAAGCACAUAAAAUCUGUCAGACUUCCUACUGAUUCUCCAAGAGCAAGCGGUCCUCCAAUUCCUUUGCAUUUAUUUGACAAGUCGAAGGAAGAAAGUUCUGUAAAAGAAGUACAAGUUGACACAAAAAGUCAAGAAAAAAGCGAUAAGAAAGAUAAGAAGAAUGUAAAAUCUGACAAUAAAGCUGAAUUUGAGUCAAAAAUAAAGAUGCUUGAGGAAGAGUUGAGAGAAGCUGCUGCACUUGAGAUUGGAGUGUACUCAGUAGUAGCUGAGCAUCUGAAUUCCAAAAGGAAAGUCCACGCACCAGCUCGAAGGCUUUCAAGGUUUUAUCGACAUGUUUGUAGAGCGGAAUCACAAGCUAACAGAGCAAGUUCUGCUAGGACCAUUGUUUCAGGACUUGUUAUGGUUUCUAAGGCUUGUGGAAAUGAUGUUCCAAGGUUAACUUUUUGGUUAUCAAAUGCUAUAAUACUGAGAGCUAUGGUGAGCCAGAUUACCGAAGAGAUUCCUCCUCCGGCUGAACCAAGUAGCACUACUGAGACUAAAUCUGGGAGAAAGAAGUCAGAGAAGAAAACUCCCUUAAACGACUCAAUAGAUAGCUUGGGUGAUUGGGAAGACCCACGUACGUUCAUCAUGGCAUUAGAGAAGGUCGAAGCCUGGAUCUUCUUUCGGAUUGUUGAGGGCUUAUGGUGGCAGAGUUUUACACCCCAUAUGCAACCAACAAAGAAAAAGAAAGGGAAGAGGCUAACCACAAGAAAAACUCAGAGAUGGAAAUAUGGUUUAGGGGAUCAAGAGCAAGGGAGUUUUUCUACAGACCUUUGGAAGAAAGCCUUCCAGGAUGCUUGUGAACGGCUUUGUCCCAUUCGAGCUGGUGGUCAUGAUUGUGGUUGCUUGCCAAUGUUGUCAAAAAUGGUAAUGGAACAGUUGGUAGACAGACUAGAUGUUGCGAUGUUUAAUGCCAUUCUUCGAGACUCAGAAGAAGAGAUGCCAACUGAUCCAAUGUCCGAUCCCAUCAGUGAACUUAAAGUUCUUCCCAUUCCUGCAGGAAAAUCAAGUUUUGGUGCUGGUGCUCAGCUUAAGAAUGCUGUUGGAAGCUGGUCGAAAUGGCUCAGUGACUUCUUUGGUCUUGAAGAAGAUGAGCCAGCUAAACAUCAGGAUGACUCCAAUGAAGAAGCUUCUGUCAAGGCCUUCCAUCUACUUAAUGCAUUGGGUGAUCUCAUGAUGCUUCCACUUGGAAUGCUUUCUGAUGCCACCACAAGAAAGGAGGUAUGUCCUAUAUUCGGAGGAUCUCUUAUCAAAAGGGUCUUCACCAAUUUUGAACCAGAUGAUUUCUCUCCAAAUUCUAUUACAGAUGAAGUUCUUGAAUCUUUGGAUUCUGAGGAUUCUCAUGAGACUUCAAAAGAUUGUACUGUUAAGAGCUUCCCAUACGAUGCAAAACCUGUAGUAUACUCACCUCUUCCAGCUACAUUGUUCUUGGGUUUGUUAGGAGAUUCAAGCAGUCAAUCUCAGAAGAAAAAUGGGUCAUCAUUACUUAGAAAAUCACAUAACAGUGAUGAUGAUCUUGAUAAGCUGAGUGUACCACUAGCUUUGAUCAAUGUUCAGAACACAUGCAUUGAACCCGCCUCAUCGAAAACUGACUGGAUGCCCAAGGGGAAAGGUGGCAGAGAUGUCGUUAGAUAUAGACUCUUGCAGGAAGCAUGGAGAAAUGGCUCCUGAUAUCACUCACAGUCAUGCUAAUUAACCUGAUCUGCAGUCUGCAGCAAGAGAGUACCCUGUAAAUUACACUCAUUAUUAUUUCUCCUUUAGUUCUCUGAUAAAUUGUUCUCCAAAUUUCGUAUAGAUAUAGUAUUUGUUCGACAUUUAAGUCCUCAAUGACUCUAAGAAAUCUAAACAACUGCCAAGAUUAACCCACCGGUUUAAUUCAA